UCCAGUAUAACCUAUAAUUACUACAUUUUAUUUGUCAAUAAUAAUAAUAAAUAAGUUAGUUUAUAAUUAAUAUUUACAAAUUAAAAAAUGGAUGAUAGUGGUCCAUCUUCAAAGAGGUAUAGGCGUGAAGAAAAUAGUAAUUCAGAAUCAGAUGAUGAUUAUGUUCCUUAUGUACCUGUUAAAGAAAGAAAGAAGCAGCAGUUAUUAAAAUUAGGCCGCCUAGGGCAGCUUAAAGAAGCUGAACAAUCAAAACCAAAAUCUUCAAGUGAAAAUGAAACGAAUGAAGAUGAAGAAGAAGAUGAGGUUUGGGGAAGGAAAAACAAUAUCCCUUUACUUGAUCAACAUACUGAGCUCAGGAAGUUGGCUGAAGCCAAAAAGGUAAGUGCAGUGGAGAAACAACUCAAGAAGGAAGAGGAAAUUUUGGAAAUUGUAGCUGAAAAGAAAGCUUUGAUGGGUGUUUCAGAAUUAGCUAAAGGAAUACAAUAUAUAGAUCCUAUAAAAACAAGUUGGCGUCCACCUCGUUAUGUUCUACAAAUGCCUCCUAGUCGACAUGAAAAUUUAAGAAACAGUCUUAGAAUAUUAGUUGAAGGAGAAGAAAUUCCCCCACCUCUAAAGUCUUUUAAAGAAAUGAAGUUGCAUGAUGGUAUAAUUGCUGGUCUCAAAGAAAGAAACAUAAAGAAGCCAACUCCCAUACAAAUUCAAGGAAUACCUACAGUAUUAUCAGGAAGAGAUAUGAUAGGCAUAGCUUUCACAGGUUCUGGUAAAACCCUUGUUUUUGUCUUACCUUUAAUAAUGUUCUGCACGGAACAAGAAAUCAAACUACCAUUUAUUAAAAAUGAAGGCCCAUAUGGAUUGAUUAUUUGCCCAUCUAGAGAAUUGGCUAAACAAACUUAUGAUAUUAUACAACAUUAUUCCAUUAGUUUAAGUAAACAUGGCAUGCCCUUGAUAAGAAGUUGUUUAGCUAUUGGGGGUGUUCCUGUAACAGAAGCUAUUGAAGUUAUUCAGAAGGGUAUUCAUAUAAUGGUUGCAACCCCUGGGCGUUUAAUGGACAUGUUAGAAAAGAAAAUUGUAAAAUUGACAGUUUGUAGAUAUUUAUGUAUGGAUGAAGCAGACAGAAUGAUAGAUUUAGGUUUUGAAGAGGAUGUCAGAACAAUUUUUUCCUAUUUUAAUGGUCAAAGACAGACGUUACUUUUUUCUGCAACUAUGCCAAAGAAAAUCCAAAAUUUUGCAAGAUCGGCAUUGGUAAAACCAAUAACAAUUAACGUAGGUAGAGCAGGAGCUGCUUCCAUAAAUGUUGAACAGGAAGUGGAAUAUGUUAAACAAGAAGCCAAAAUUGUAUAUUUGUUGGAGUGUUUACAAAAAACUCCACCGCCUGUAUUAAUUUUUGCAGAGAAAAAACAGGAUGUGGAUGCUAUACAUGAGUAUUUGCUUUUAAAAGGUGUUGAAGCUGUUGCCAUUCAUGGUGGAAAAGACCAAGAAGAGCGUUCCAGAUCUGUAGAAGCGUUUAGAAAACAAGAAAAAGACGUAUUAGUAGCUACUGAUGUAGCUUCUAAAGGAUUAGAUUUUCCUGAUAUUCAACAUGUUAUAAAUUACGAUAUGCCUGAUGAUGUUGAAAAUUAUGUUCAUAGAAUUGGUCGUACAGGUAGAUCAGGAAAUAAAGGAUUGGCAACGACAUUUAUAAACAAAUCCAAUGAUGAAUCUGUACUACUCGAUUUGAAACAUUUACUAAUGGAAGCUAAACAGAAGGUCCCGACGUUCUUGGCAGAACUGUGCUCUGAAAGUGAAAAAUACCUCGCUCUUGGGGGCGAACAUGGAUGCAGUUAUUGUGGUGGUUUGGGACACAGAAUUACAGACUGUCCUAAAUUGGAAGCCCUACAAAACAAACAAGCUUCUAAUAUUGGAAGGAGAGACUAUUUGGCCAACACUGCUGCUGAUUAUUAAUAAAAUAAUAUUAAUGUGUACAUGCGUGAUAUUUUUAAAAUAAUUUUAAUUU